ACUCAGCAGGUCCGCCCCUGCACUGCAGCUGCCAUUUUGGUUUUGUUCCGUGUCGGGAAGCGAAAGCUGAAAGGCGAUUAGUCGGACAGCGGUAGCAGCACAGUGACUCGGCAGGAACAGCGACGGUUUCAUUCACGCACCGUGUCUGAGAGGACUGGUGUUUAGCUCUCGCUCUUUGUUGCUUUUUCUGGUCUGUUUUCCGCCAUUCUUUCUUCGUGCCUGCAGUUCUAACCGUCGACGUUUCGCACGAGGAGCGGCUUUAGAGACGGAGUGGACCGAGAAGGGUUAUUGAUGUCCAGCUCGCCGCUGUCCAAGAAGCGUCGCUUGUCAGGAUCAGAGACGAAGACGGGAUCCCACUGCUCCUCCUCAAACUCUGUCAGAACUGAACUAUCCCACACUCCUGCUAACGGCAUGGCUAAAAAUGGAAAUGAUGCUGAGAUUGAUGAAGGCCUGUACUCCAGACAGCUGUAUGUGUUGGGCCAUGAUGCGAUGAAGCGCAUGCAGAACUCCAAUGUGCUGGUCUCAGGACUUCGUGGCCUUGGUGUGGAGAUUGCCAAGAAUGUCAUUCUGGCUGGAGUCAAGAGUGUCACUGUGCACGAUGAGGGUGUGGCCGAAUGGAGAGAUCUUUCCUCACAGUUUUACCUUCGGGAGGAAGAUCUGGGGAAGAACCGGGCUGAGGUCAGUCAGGCGCGGCUGGCUGAACUCAACAGCUAUGUUCCUGUAACAGCUUACACCAGCGCACUCACCAACGACUACCUGACACAGUUUCAGGUGGUGGUCCUGACUAACUCAACACUUGAGGAUCAAACUCGCAUCAGUGAUUUUUGCCACAGCAAAAGCAUCAAACUAGUCAUUGCUGACACACGUGGACUGUUUGGGCAACUUUUUUGUGAUUUCGGAGAUGAUAUGAUGGUCUAUGAUACCAACGGAGAGCAGCCUCUAAGUGCCAUGAUAUCCAUGAUCACCAAGGACGGUGCCGGUGUGGUGACCUGCCUGGAUGAGGCCAGACAUGGCUUUGAGAGCGGAGACUCCGUCACAUUCACAGAAGUGCAAGGCAUGACUGAGCUUAACGGCUGCCAGCCCAUUGAAAUCAAAGCACUUGGUCCCUACACUUUCAGUAUCUGUGACACUAUAUCCUUCUCCGACUAUGUAAGAGGGGGCAUUGUGACACAGGUCAAGAUGCCCAAGAAAGUUUCCUUUAAAAGCUUCAGCUCAUCAAUGUCAGAGCCAGAGUUUUUGCUGACUGAUUUUGCCAAGUUUGAUCGUCCUGGCCAGCUGCAUCUGGGCUUCCAGGCUCUGCAUGCCUUUGAGAAAAAACACAGUCGUGCUCCCAAGCCCUGGAACCAGUCGGAUGCAGAUGAGCUCGUUGCCUUGGCUGCUGAGGUGAAUGCAGCACAAUCAGGCUCUGCCAAGCAGGAGGAGCUGGACCAAGCACUUCUCAAAAAGCUCUCCUGUGUUGCUGCUGGAGACCUGGCCCCAGUCAAUGCGUUCAUUGGUGGGCUUGCUGCCCAGGAGGUUAUGAAGGCAUGCACAGGCAAAUUUAUGCCCAUUAUGCAGUGGCUGUACUUUGAUGCACUGGAGUGUUUAUCUGAAGCCGAGGGAGCAGUUCUAACAGAAGAGGAAUGUGCACCAAAAGGCUGUCGAUAUGAUGGGCAGAUUGCCGUGUUUGGCAACAAGAUGCAGGAACUGUUGGCCAGACAGCGCUACUUUUUGGUUGGUGCCGGAGCUAUUGGUUGCGAAUUGCUUAAGAACUUUGCCAUGAUUGGCUUGGCCAGUGGAGAGGGAGAGGUCAUUGUCACUGACAUGGACACCAUUGAAAAAUCCAACCUUAACCGUCAGUUCCUCUUUAGGCCAUGGGAUGUCACGAAGAUGAAGAGUGAGACUGCUGCUGCUGCAGUGAAGCAGAUGAACCCAUCCAUCCGCAUCACAGGCCAUCAGAACAGAGUAGGUCCGGACACAGAGAAAAUCUAUGACGAUGACUUCUUUGAGAAUCUGAAUGGUGUGACCAACGCUUUGGACAAUGUGGAUGCACGUAUGUACAUGGAUCGUAGGUGUGUGUACUACCGAAAGCCGCUGCUGGAGUCUGGUACCCUUGGUACUAAAGGAAAUGUACAGGUUGUUAUGCCUUUCAUCACAGAGUCUUACAGCUCCAGCCAAGAUCCCCCAGAGAAGUCUAUUCCCAUCUGCACCCUGAAGAACUUCCCCAAUGCUAUUGAACACACACUUCAGUGGGCUCGGGAUGAGUUUGAGGGACUGUUCAAACAGCCUGCUGAAAAUGCCAUGCAGCAUCUAUCAGACCCAAAGUUCAUGGAGCGCACUUUGAAGCUUCCUGGUGCCCAGCCUGCGGAAGUCCUGGAGGCAGUGUACAAGAGUCUGGUGACGGACUGUCCACGCAGUUGGGACGACUGUGUAGCCUGGGCACGAAAUCACUGGCAGUGCCAAUACAGCAAUAACAUUCGGCAGUUGCUGCACAAUUUCCCUCCUGAUCAGCUCACAAGUUCUGGAGCUCCAUUCUGGUCAGGCCCCAAAAGAUGUCCUCAUCCUUUAGAAUUUAGCACCAGCAACGAUCUGCACAUGGACUAUGUAAUUGCUGCAGCCAACUUGUAUGCUCAGACAUACGGCCUAAAAGGCUCCACCGACCGUGAGGCUGUGGCCAAGUUGAUACAGCAAGUGAAAGUUCCAGAGUUUACUCCCAGAUCAGGAGUGAAAAUCCAUGUAUCUGAUCAAGAGCUGCAGAGUGCCAACGCCUCAGUGGAUGACUCGAGGCUUGAAGAGCUGAAGACUCUGCUGCCGUCUUCAGAGGCUGGAGCACAGUUUAAGCUUUGUGCCAUUGACUUUGAAAAGGAUGACGACACAAACUUCCACAUGGACUUCAUAGUAGCGGCAUCCAAUCUGAGAGCAGAGAAUUAUGACAUUCCUCCAGCGGAUAGACAUAAGAGCAAACUCAUUGCUGGAAAGAUCAUUCCUGCCAUCGCCACGACGACAGCUGCUGUAGUAGGCCUGGUGUGUCUGGAGCUGUUUAAGAUCAUUCAGGGCCACAAGAAGCUGGAAUCCUUUAAGAACGGCUUCAUGAACCUCGCUUUGCCUUUCUUCGCUUUCUCCGAACCCAUUGCUGCUCCCAAGCACAAGUAUUAUGAUAUCGACUGGACGCUAUGGGAUCGCUUUGAAGUGAAGGGCAUUCAACCAAGCGGUGAGGAAAUGACACUCCGCCAGUUCCUGGAUUACUUCAAGAAUGAACACAAGCUGGAUAUCACAAUGCUGUCUCAGGGGGUGUCGAUGCUUUACUCUUUCUUCAUGCCCACCGCCAAGCUUAAAGAAAGACUGGAAUUGCCUAUGACCGAGAUAGUGACCAAGGUGUCAAAGAAGAAGCUGGGCAAGCACGUCAGGGCACUCGUGUUUGAACUCUGCUGCAACGAUACGACUGAGGAAGACGUGGAGGUGCCCUAUGUCAGAUACACCAUUCGCUGAAAGACUGUCUGGGAUGGGGGGAGGGGGCAUUAGUUAUUUCAGCAGGUGGGAGGUAAAUCAGCCGUGCUUAAGAACAACGGGGGGAGUCCAAAGUUAAUUAAGAAACAAAUAAAUCCAAAACGUGACCAUGGGGAAGGGAUUGACUUCUGAAAGCAGUGUAUUUAAAACCAGGUUUUAACCCAGGAGUCAAAAUUCCUACAUUUAAAAUGUGUCUUGGGCCUGUCGGGCACUGGGAUGGAUGAUAGUUUGGGGAUAUGAAUGCGAUUGGACCUUUUAACUUGAACUGUUAUUUAAAACUGGCUGCAUUAAAUCUGCAGUGUAUGAGUAUGCACUCUCCCUGUAUAAAGAGAACAACACUCUGCUCUUUUAACCUGUCUUUUGUUCCAUUUGACUGCACUGUUCACCCUUUUCCCAAAAUGAUGGGCCAAUAUUCUUGGUUUACAUUUUUUUUUUGAACAUGGAAUAUUAAACGAUGCAAAAACAGCCCUAAACAAGAGCAUUUAAAUAUCAGUGCUUUAUUUCCUCAUUUGUUCCAACCAUUUGAUUCAUAGCCAAUACACUGACACUCUAAACACUCGUUAAUGAGGAAAGCUGCAGGUCUCGUCACUUGUGCAGCGCUGCUUGUAGUUAAGGUCUUGACAAGUUGAUCUCACAUUGAACACUUUCACUUCCAUGGGUCUUGUUGGAGUGUUCUCUCUGGCUUCUGCCACAGAUGUGGCACCUGCACAUAACUUGAGGGGGUUUUUUUUGGGGUGGAUGUGCACACACCGUGUAGGACAGUCUCUUUUUUUUCUUUUUCUUUUUACUUUGUGUAACUCCAGACAUUACAGUAAAAUGUGAUUUUAUUCUGUAAUGGGAGCACUUAGUGUUUAGUGAAUAAAGAUGUAAAAGUU